AUGGAGAGUGGUGGAAAGAAACGCUUCCAGGGCAAACCCGGUCAGGGAAAGACACUCUGGACAGCGCCCUGCCCUUCUCGGAAACAGCUACCCAACCCAGGAGGGGUCCCCACAACCCCCGAGCCCACCCCAGGAGAACCACCCACUGCAGCCCCGCCCCGCCAGGGCCCCACGUGUCGGGCCCCACCCCGGCGCUGGCGGCCCUUUAAACACCCCCACCCUUACACAGUACCCCCCGCCCAACCCCGACCCGAACGGCAGCCGGAGAGGGACAAAACUCAUGGCGUUCCGCCAGCUUCCUCCGCGGAUCUCGUCCCGGACCACCCGGCCCGUGGGGCCUUCCACCCUGGGUCACAGCCCCUGGCGGCCCCAAGGCCGCGGCGGCCCGGCAGAAGAGUGUCGCUGCGGCCCAGCUGCGGGGCGGGGCCGGCGGGAGCGCAGGUCUCCGCCGCUGCCACGGCUGCCUCCGCCUGCUGCGAGGGCCGCCCGCUCGCCCGCCGCUGGGUGCGCUGCACGCGGGGGGCAGCCGCGGUGCAGAGGUUCAUGCAGCGGCAGCGGCGGCGGCGGCGGCGGCGGCGGCCGCGGCUGCUGCUGCUGCCGCCGCGGAGGCAGACAGACCGGGAGCCGCCGCCGCCGCCGCCGCCGCCCUCCCCCGGCUCCAUGCCGCCACCGCUGCCGCCUCCUCCUCUCUGGCGAGGGGCGGGGGGCUCCGGCCCGGGGUGGGCACCACUCCUCGCAGCGCCGCUCCCCACCCUGCCCUCCGCUCGGGCCCUGGAGCUGGCGGGGGCGCCCGCUGCCUUCUAG